AUGCACGGACCAGAGUUUAAACAACAUUUACCUGAAGACGAGAUGUCCAGUGAUCAGGAAAUCGAUGCUGCUACGUACUACAACUUGAAAGAAGAGGCACUUUUGGUCAAAAAGGAAAGUCUCAUCAACAAUUUGGAAUUCACAGGGGCAGUUUUCAUCCGUUUCGACAGUCCAGCUGAUGCAAAGGCCGCGAAAAUGGCGCUCACUAAACGCACAUCCAAAUGGUUUUGGAAUCGUAGCAAUGAAGAAGAUGCAGAGUUCCAGCCGUCGCAAUGGACCGUACGAUAUCCUCCACCCAGCGCUGACAUCAACUGGAUCGAUUUCAAAAAACCCCGCUCCACUUGGAGAACACUGGCCCUCUAUCUGAGAUUGGCACUGACCUAUUCGAUUUACAUAUUCCUAAUGGCUGCACCGGCCAGUGUCAUCCGCUGGCUCCAUGUGGAAGGACACGGUUUGGAUGAAGGCUCAAUCUAUUGGAAGCGAUUCGUGUUGCCAACGAUUGUAUCUUUCUUUACUACCGAACUCACCGACUGGGUAACGGGGCAGGACCAACAACGACGUCAUUUAACCGUAACUGCCAUGUGUUUGGCCAGUUUACGAUCUAUCUGCUAUUUGAACGUUAUCCUGUACUUGAUACGAAUGUUGGCCAUGAAACCGCUUCCCUUAUUACUAGCGGGCAAGUUUUACAGCCAGGACUUCCGCCUGGAAUGUCUUUUCUUCCCAGUGCACGGUAGUUUUGUUGCUUGUUGCAUCAUCGUCAACACGGCCAGCGGAAUAUUGAUGAAUCACUUGCGCAUCGAUUGUGUCCUUUCUUAUCUCAAGAAUUUGUUAACCUUUCGGUCGGAUGCAGAACAAACGGCCUUCAAAGAUGCGUACAGAAUCGACUUUGACUUCGCUUCCAGUUAUGCGGAAUUGACUAGCAAUUUUGCUCUGACGAGCUUUUUCAUGAUGAUAUUCCCCGUCAUCAGCUUAGUCUCUUGCUUCUUUUCCAUCCUGAGAUUUUUGAGCGACAGGACUGCCUUAACUGAGAUUUAUCCCGUGAGUCAUACUGGUCACGAUUUACACAAAGAGUCGAUCAACAUGGUGCUGAAAUUUGCAAUUGCCUCACCUUUGGCCUUGAUUGUGUACCGACGAAUCCAGUUGGGUCCCACCGUUCAAUUAUUGGAUCCAGGUGUUGUCGCUCCUCUGUCCUUACUCAUUCUGUACGUUCUGUAUCUGCUUUACGCUCACGUUAAAUCACGUAGGAAAGAGGAUUCCACUGAAGACGAGGAAGUCGAUUCCAUCCGAAUUACGGCACACGAAUAUGACCCAGUAGCUCAAAUUCGAGUCGAGGCACUUUUGGUGACUCGAGUUUAACUUGCAAAUCAAAGGAAUGACGUUGUGAUUACCGACGAUAAAAAUGUGUUCACGUAUCAAUGUGCAAUUGUAUACGAUUAAAUAAUUAAUA